AUGAAGCUUCCUUCAGGGCAUCCGAAACUCGGGAGUGAAAAGACGAGCCAGGUACCUAACGCGAAGAAGCCGAAACCCAGGGCGCCCCGAGGAUGUUAUACCGGGCCAUAUCCAGUCGGAACAAUGGAGAUCGAGGUACCUGCAUCUGAUCCUAGAGUUUUCAGUCACAUUUCUCGCAACAAGCGACACCUGCUACAACUGGAAACUGUCUUGAUGACAGUAUACUAUCCUGCAACAUCACCAGAUCCGCACGACAAGAACGCUGCAAAGCAAGGCGCAUUGGCUGUUCCCGUGUUCUUUCCCACCGUGUUCACAAAAUUGCCGGCGUUCCGAAAUGCCCCUGUGGCACGAUACUGGGCUCCAGAGGUAAACACCAAGACACGAGGCAAGCGCGUGAAGACGGAAGUUGGAGAGAAGCCAGAUGGUGCUGAAGAGGAGCCUGUGUUUCCUUUCAUUCUAUUCAGUCAUGUAUGCGGAGAAUUUGCAAGCCACGGUUUCGUCGUGUGCGCGGUUGAGCAUCGAGAUGGGUCGGGGCCGAGGACAAUUAUCAACUGCGCGAAGAGAGGCGAGGGAAUAGCGACAGAUAUCGAAAGGCGUGGUCAAGUGGACCAUCGUGACGAAGAGCGAAGCCAAGGCUUUGGCAUUAUCGACUACAUAUUUCCCAAGGACAAUCCAAUCGACACCUCUCCGCAGAACGACAAAGGAGUCGAUACCGAACUUCGAAAAGCUCAAAUUGACCUUCGCAUGGCCGAGCUGCAGGAAGCAUACGGCGUCAUGACAGAAAUUGUUGGCGGCAACGGCAAAAUGAUUGCAGAUCGUAAUUUGAGGAAGAAAGGUUACAAAGGCUCCAGUAGACACGGCCUUGACGGCAUAGACUGGUCGAGGUGGAAAGAUCGAGUCCGACUCGAUCAUGUCACGAUAUGCGGCCACUCUUUUGGUGCAGCAACUGCCGUUGAGAUUCUCCGGCAUAACGAUCGGUUCAAUUAUGUCAGUCAAGGCAUUAUUUACGAUAUCUGGGGAGCUGGCACACGCCCUGUUGAAGACGACAAGCAUCGCAUUUCUGCUCCGCUGAUCGCCAUCAACUCCGAAGCAUUCACGUACUGGCCAUCCAAUUUCAAGCUCGUGGAGUCCAUCGUCAAAGAAACACAAGAUGAGCCUGAGCCUUGUCCGGCUUGGUUGAUGACCCUUCGUGGUACGGUGCACGUCUCUCAAUCGGACUUCUCACUUCUGUACCCCAAUGUCUGUUCAAUUUUCCUGAAGAUGGUCGCAAAUCCGAGAAGAGCAUUGGAUUUGAACAUCAAUGCCUCACUGGAGUUCCUCAGCCACGUCUUGCCAAAAGAGCUUGCACAGGUAAGCCGUGCUUACAAGAACGAGGAAUUUCUCGAGACCGAGCUCAGUCACUUGGAAAGAAUCCCGUCAGAGGCGAUGCAUAGACCUAAGAAGGAGAAAUACCUCGCAGCGCGACUCCAGAUCCGUCAUGAGUGGAUCUACCGAAUCAGCCCAAAGCUGUUCAGAUCUCUCAAGCGGUGGAAAAUGAAGAGACAGGGCCAUCCACCUCAGCCCAAUGACGAGAUAUGGCUGCAUUCUAAACCGCGAGAACACGUUGUUGACCAUUUCCUGCGAAGCGUGUCUGGCAGGGAUCCCGAUCACAAGGAAGAUUUUGAUCUUGAUGGUCCUGCUACACAGGAAGGCACUGAUGAGGUCAAGCCCGUGCAGAUCAAGGACUCGGAUGGAGAAGGAACUCUUGGCUAG